AUGGACAAGAUCAACAUAUUGUUGCUAUGCUGGCUACAGAAUAAUAACAUCAGUUUUCCUCAUGCAUGUCCAUUUUGCAUAGCUGGAGAGGAGCAGCACAAGACUGCAUUAAAAGAAUGGGCUCUGAAGAAGAGCAAUUGGCAUAAAGUCAAUAAAGAUGUUGAUCUGGCCAACUUUGAUCAGGAGAAUCCCCAUUCCCACCCCCCUGUUCAAAAUUGGAAGGCUGGCACUCAUAUGUCAAAAAGCUCUGUUAUGGCAAUGGCACACUGUAAGCACAUUACAGUCAACACCAACAAUAUAAAGCUUGUUCUUGACAUCAGUGCUAAAAUCAGAUCAAACUAUUUCAGUCUGAUUGAUGCAUCUGAUCACUCCACCUCUGCUGUCACUAUCUGUCACCUGUGUGCUGCUCCUCCCCUGCCAACUACCACUGCCACCACUUCACCACCACCACCACUGCCCAUUACUGCCUUCCUGCCUUCCCCCAGCACCAUCAGGGUCUCCACCCAUCAAAUGACAGGUAUUAGAGCUCCUGUCUGGUUCACAAAGCUGGUUCUGGAGAAGCAGGAGGAGAAGAAGGAGAAGAAGAAGAAGAAGAAGUGGAAGAAGAAGAAGAAGGGGAAGAAGGAGAAUGAUGAUAAUGAUAAAGAUGAUGAUAAUGAUGAUUAA